AUGGACGGCAGAGCAAAGAAGACCGCGAGCGCGCCGACGCCGCCAGGGAGGAUCGCAACGCCCGCGAGGCUGCCAUCGUCAGCUUGCUCAAUCACCAGUACAUCUGCGCGCUGCGGGAUAACUUGCGGACAAGGUGGCACUGGUAUAUGCUCUUCGAAUACCAUCGUCCAUCGGGAUCUCAAGAUUGAGAAUAUCUUGAUCAGCAAGACGGGCGACAUCAAGAUCAUCGACUUCGGCCUUAGCAACCUCUUUUCGCCAGACGAGAACAGGAAACUCAAGACGUACUGUGGGAGUCUUUACUUCGCCGCGCCGGAGCUCCUGCAGGCAAGGCCAUACACGGGCCCCGAGGUCGACGUAGUGCAAGCAUCUAAUUUCCCGGAUGCUCGUCACGGACCCGAAGCAGCGCGCUACGAUGCAUGA